AUGAAUUCAUUAUUAUCAAAUGUUCAUAAUCUAACCCCAGGUUUUGUUAGAAAUGACCCAUUAAGAAAUGCAGUUGUUCUUCACAAUAAAAUCACCAAUGAAUUAUCUGUUGUGAGCACCAUUUCACCUCCUGUGGAUCAUGAACUCAUUCCAUAUCAAGGGGAAUCAGCUAGUCCAGUUAUUGAGAUUGGGAGGAUGAGGAAGUGCCCCCAUUGUGGACGAGUUUUCGAAGAAGGUUCAGCAUCAUCAACAUCAUCACAAACUGGUAAUAACAACAAUGCUAAAGCUUUUGAUGCUGGUACUGAUGAUUCAUUCAUUGAUUCGAAUUAUUUUAGACUGUUGGGUAAUAGCUCGAUUUCUGGUGAGGGUGCUACAAACAACUUACCAGAUUCAUUAUUUACUCAAGGUUAUUUUAACAAGUUUUUCAAAGAAAUUGAAUUAUUAGGACGUGGAGCUCGUGGUUCAGUUUAUAAAGUUGAACAUAUCUUGAAUGGAGUCUCUUUAGGAUUUUUCGCAAUGAAGAAGAUUACAAUUGGUGAUGAUUCAAAAUGGUUAUUAAAAGUUUUGAAAGAAGUUACAAUGCUUUGUAAGAUUAGUUUCAAUAAUAAUAAUCUUGUUAAUUAUAAUCAUGUUUGGUUGGAGAUUUCAAGUAUUAAUGAUUUUGGACCCAAGAUCCCAUGUGCCUAUAUAUUACAACAAUAUUGUUCAGGAGGUAAUUUGGAAGAGUUUAUAAUAAAUUUACAAAAUCCUAUAUUAAAACCUCAUGAAUUGAAAAAAUGGAAAUUAUCACACAAAAGACAACAAUUAAAAGGGAGAUUAUUGAAUAAUGAUGAAAUUUUAUUGAUCUUCCAACAAAUAGUUUCAGGUGUUUAUGAAUUACAUAAAAACCAUAUAAUUCAUAGAGAUUUAAAACCAUCAAAUUGUUUAUUAGCAGAACCUUAUUUUACAGAUUUUACACAAUUAGAGUCUGAUAUUUCCAAAAUACCUACAAUUUUAGUUAGUGAUUUUGGUGAAAGUCAAUUAGAAGGUGAAUUUAGAAAUGCAACGGGUGCAACAGGCACGUUAGAAUAUACUGCACCAGAACUAUUAAAUUUCAAUGAUGAUAAUGUUCCACAAUUUAAUAAAAAAACUGAUGUUUAUGCAUUAGGGAUGAUCUUAUACUUCAUGUGUUUUGGUAAAUUACCAUAUGAAUAUUCAAAUGAAGUUGAGUUGUUGAAAAAUGAAAUUAAAGGAUCAAAUGAAUUGAUGAUGAUUGAUAGAGAAGAUUUAUUACCAGAGCUUAAGUAUCUGAUAAAGAAUCUAACUUCAAAAAACCCAGAUGAGAGAAUGUCUGUUAGUGAAAUACUUGAUGUUUUGGCAAGAUUUGAUCAUUUGGAGAAAAAUGAAAAGGAAGAGGAAAAAAUAGAUAACCCCCAACCUCUUCGAAGAUUAUCAUUGACUGAUGCACCAAUUAAAAUUACUUGUUGGCCUAUUGAAUUUGUUAAUUUUGAGCUCUAUCCAUCACCAAGUGUUUAA